AUGCAUUUCUCCACCAAGUCUACCGUUGUGACGGCGGCAGCCGUUGUAGCGUCGCUGCCAUUGUCCAAUGCUCUACCUCGACCCCAAACCAGCGAUGAUACUCCUGACGGACCUUACCCUUUUCCCCCAUCCGCCAAUGGGACCGACAGUUACGUUUGGGGUGAUUGGAAUACAUCGUCCCCCACGAGUACCUCUUCAGUUAGCCCAAUAACCACUACGACGUCCAGCAGUGAAGUGUGGGCAGACUGGACAACUACCACAACCACCACCACUACGACAACUCCAGUGGUAGCGCCAACUUCGGAAAUCUGGGCUGACUGGACAACUACCACCACCACGACCACCAAAACCAAAACCACCACUACUACAACGCCAGUGGUAGCCCCUACUUCGGAAAUCUGGGGAGACUGGACAACAACAACGACCACCACUACAACAACUCCAGUAGUAGCGCCGACUUCGAAAGUCUGGGCUGACUGGACCACGACAACUAGCACGACCACUACAACUCCGGCAGUAGCCCCAACUUCGGAAGUCUGGGCUGACUGGACAACAACAACCAGCACUACCACCACAUCAUCAACGACGACGGAAAUCUGGGUUGAUUGGACCACGACGACCUCCACGACUGAAGUUUGGGCUGACUGGACUACAACUACUACAACCCCAGUUGCACCAGCACCGACCUCCGAAGUGUGGGGAGACUGGACGCCCACCAUCGUUACCACGAUAUCAUCAAGCUCUGAAGUCUGGGGAGACUGGACCACGGUCUCAACUCCAGUUGCGCCAACAACUACUUCCGAAGUUUGGGCAGACUGGACCACAGUGUCCACCCCAGUUGCACCAACGACCACCUCCGAAGUUUGGGGAGAUUGGACUACAGUCUCAACCCCAGUCCCAGUUGCGCCGACAACCACCUCCGAAGUUUGGGGAGACUGGACUACAGUCUCAACCCCAGUCCCAGUUGCGCCAACAACCACCUCCGAGGUGUGGGGAGACUGGACCACAAUCUCAACCCCAGUCCCGGUGGCACCGACAACAGCAUCAUCCGAAACCUGGGACGACUGGAUCUCGUCAACGACCACGAUUCCCAGCACAUCGAUCCCAAGCGCCGUCACCACACAUCACUCCACAACAACACCAGCAGCAUCGACCUCAACCCACGCACUGCCGGCAACAUUCACUGGCGCCGCAAGCCAUUUCAAGUCCACUGCCGGAGCGUCUGGGAUGUUCAUGGGCGCCAUUCUUGCGAUUGCUGCAUUGAUCUAG